UCAAACGUACCAGAAGGUUCGUCGACCAAAAUCAUCUGCUUGGUGCUGCGAUAAGUCCCGAAAGUACUCGAAUUCUCCUCUGCUUCCUAUUAAUGCCCAACAAGUCCCCGAUUCCCGCAUCGAACACUGAAUAACUUUCUUGGCAUCCAAACAGAGCUCUAAAUCCUCUCCUUCGAAAUUUCCACGUCGAAAUCAUCGUCGUAUCUUGAAAACCAAACAAUGUCGCUGAUCCCAAGCUUCUUCGCCAACCGACGGGGCAACAACAGCAUCUUCUCCGAUCCAUUUGCUCUCGACGCGUGGGAUCCCUUCCGGGACAUUCCCUUCCCCGAGCUCUCCCGCGAGAACUCGGCGUUCGUCAGCACUCGCGUGGACUGGAAGGAGACCCCGGAGGCGCACGUGUUCAAGGCAGACCUGCCGGGGCUGAAGAAGGAGGAGGUGAAGGUGGAGGUCGAGGACGACAGGGUUCUGCAGAUCAGCGGGAAGAGGAACGUCGAGAAGGAGGAGAAGAACGACAAGUGGCACCGCGUGGAGCGGAGCAGCGGGGAGUUCAUGCGCCGGUUCAGGCUGCCGGAGAACGCGAAGAUGGAUCAGGUGAAGGCGGCCAUGGAGAACGGGGUUCUGACUGUUACCGUCCCUAAAGAGGAGGUGAAGAAGCCUGAUGUCAAGGCCAUUGAGAUUUCUGGUUGAAAUUACUAAACUCAGCCUCUGUAACUUCUACUAUUAAUGUCUAUGUAAUAAUGUAGUGGUUUUAUGUGUUCUGUUCUUCAUUGCGCAGUCUGUUAAUGGGGAUUGUGUGUGUGUGUGUAAUGUGAGUUGCUGAGGAUGGUAGUGUAAAAUGAAAUCAAAAUGUUGGACUAGUUUCGUUA